UCGGUGCCAUAUCGUGACUAAACAUGACAACCUGACCAUUUAAGUAGCCAACAACUGCCGCAUGGGGCGGAAUUUGUUUGAGUUUGUUUGGUUCGUUUAUAUGGAAAAUUGGCAUAUCGAGAUCGCAUAUCCAGACAGAUAUCAUUCAAUGAAGUACUUGAUGGGCAAGUUCGUCUUUUCACGAAAUCUCUUCAUCAAAAGGAACAAUUCAGAUCAUUCUGAGCAUUCACUGACAAGGGAUAACAUUUUGCUUGACAAAUUGGACCAAAUUAUUCUAAAUUGAGAACGUGGGUGCUAGUUUUCGGUUAAUAAUUGAAGGAUACUUCUCAAAUAAUUCACUGACAGUUACGUUGGAAAGAAAAAAGAGGUACAAAUCAAUUCUGCCUCUGAGGUUGUUGGAUAGAGAAGCAUGGAGGUAGUGAAUUGUCUGUCGAUUGUGGGGGCCAAGCCAUGCCCCCUAUUUAUGAAGUGAGCACCACAUUCGGCGUAGCAUCGACCACAUCGCUGGUACCUGGCCUCCAGUGCAGGUCCUCAACGCCCCUAUCGACACUAGGGGUGGGAUCUUCUUCCACUCUAGGACCCAGAGUCCAAAAAUCUCCUCUCUUUGGCGGGGAUACCCCAUUAUUGUCAACAUCUCAACUGAGGAGUGCACGUGGGACUAGUGACAUUGCUAAAUGGGCUGAGCAGUACCUCCUAAAGAAAGAAAAAGAAGCUACAAAACCCAAGAUGGAGGAAUCGUUCCCUAUUGUGCAUGUCGAAAAGAAGAAAUCGCUGGCUGAUUACUUUCAGAAAGAGCCGUGUUUUUACUCUCAUCAUAUUUUCAAGAAUGCGGGUUUGUUGUAUAAGGCGCUACGCCACGUGGAGGAAUCAGAUGAGGUGAUGUUUGCUCGACACGCACCAAACUUCAUGGCUAACACUAACCAGAAUCCACAACCAGAUGUUGAAAUUCCACAGCUGGAUUUCGACGACGAGGAUGAGAGGAGACUAACGUUUGAAUUGGCAUUUAAUACUCUGAAAUAUCAGCAAGUAUUGGAAGUGAUGCUUGCUGAAACUGCAUUUUUCUCACAAUUUCCUGAGGUUUUUAGUUCAGAAGAGCUUCCCCAGUACAAAGAGGAAGAAGGGAUCACAACAGUCAUGCUGUAUGACUUUCAGAAGCGUAAAUUCCAGCUUCGCACCCCACUGGACGGGGAAGUGUUAGACCCGCUACUGAAGGACAUUGAGAAAUCAAUUGUUUUGUGCAAGACGAAGCUGAAUGCCUCCCUUGCCAAGAAUCGUAUCAAAGCCAACGCCCUGUCCGUCGACCAUCUACUGCCAGAAAGUUUACGGGAGAAAGAGGAGCUCAAGACCAGUCUCCCCAUCUAUGCAUGGGUCAAUCAACUAAAGAGAAAAGUCACUGGUGUGAUCGAGGAACUCCGCUCCGAGGGAUUCCGGUUUGUUACCAACUCACCUGAACCGUUUGAAGGGCAGUGUUUCAGGUUGGAUGAUCACUGCACUGAUACUCUAGUAUUCCCGUCAGAUCAGGCCGAAUUCCUCAAAACUCACUUGCUGUUUGAACGCCAUGAACUCAUCAUUCAGGACAAAUCAAGUUGCCUGGCCCCUCAUGUUGUGAAAUCAGUUUUGGCAGAAGGUACUGACAUCAUGCAGGUCAACAUUGGCUCAGGACUCAUCGCUGCCCACUUGGCUAGUCUCACAAAGGACACGGAUACUGCAAUCAUUGCAUUUGGGAUCCGAGGUGAAGAUCACAUGCACCAGGUCACGAGUAAACUGGACGAAUGUGGAGCUGCAAAAUAUGUGAAAAUCAUAUCAGAAAACUUCAAAGAAGUAGAAGCAGACGACGUAAGAUUCCGUGGUGUGCGGUCAAUACUGCUGACAGCCGAGUGCAGCAAGACAGGCAUCAUUGAUCCCAUUGACUUUAUACUCACAGAGGGAGAAGAUAUGUCCAUCUUGAAAGAUCUGUCAGCAGGGGAGUAUGAUAGCUCUAAGAUUGGUGAACUCAUUGCGAAACACAACCAGUAUCUCAAGCAUUGUAUGAAGUUUACCAAAGUUCAUAACCUCGUGUACAUGACCAGGUCGAUCAAGGACACAGAAAAUGACAAGGUCGUCUCGAAAGUCUUGGAAUUCAGCAACCAGGUCCAAAUGACGAGGAGGAUCCCAGCUUACAGACUCCAGCGACCACUUCUCCCGCUCGAUGCUCCAAAUCGCUUCGGAGAACAGCUUGAUGAGAACGAACGCCUUGAUACAGCACUGAAACUGCCAGGUUAUAGUCACAACCAUAGAUUCAUCAAAUUCGACGCCUCGUCGGAAAAUACUGGGUGCUUUAUUGCUCUCAUGGUCAGAGAUGUGGAAGAAGUCAAGGAGUCGGCCAAGGAUGUCUUGGCUCGAGCAGGACGCCUGGGUCUCCUUGGUAAUAUGACUGGCAAAGGCAAAGGCAAACAUCGUACGAAGGAAGACAAAACUGCCAAGAAAGAGGAGACAGACGAGCAACACAAAGCAGUAUCCGAUUCCGUCCUCGAAAAAGCAAAUCGUAAAAAAUCGGAAGGAAGCCGUACGAAGUUAUCCAAGGGGAAAGUUCGACGUCCAAGGUCAUGGCCGAAGAAGGGAACAGGAAGUGCAAGUUUUACGUCGCCGAGAAUGAACAACUUGUCCUCGAAUACGAAAAUGCCACCAGCUAUCUCCGCAUCCAAACUGUCCAGUUCGCUCGCCAGGAACAAAAAUAAACAGUUGGCGGCACUUCAUACGAAGCAGUUCCCACAGAGUUUGGGCGAGGAGGAUGGCUUGUUGGGCGAGGCGAAGAGAAUACCAGAAUACCAGAAAGUUGUGCACCACCCCGGACCAUUCAGUGACCCGGAGGACUGCAACUUGGAGGCCAGAGACUCUUUGCCAGAAAACUCACCAGAAGAAAGUGACCUUCAUUGACAUUGGCUGAUGUCACCAUGCAAUGUCUGCUUAGCCAAAUUCUUGCCAAGAUGUCGUCUGCUUCUGCUUGUGCUGGUCCAGAAUGCUUUUGCUGUAUCCUCUGCAUGCACCCUAACUGCUAGUUAGAUGUUGCGGAUUGCUUCUCUUCUGCCUGCGGGACUCCCAACUGCUUCUAGCUGUAGACUUGAUACCACUACAUUUUUUGGCUUUCUGGUUGACUUCAAAUUUAAAGUGGUCAAUUUGACCUGAGUGAUUAAAAAGUUUUGAUCGUUCUGAUGUACAGUGAGAAAGGUGACUUGAAAGUGGUCAAUUUAGUGAUAACAAGUAUGAAAUUUCAUAUAUACAUGUACUGGGAGAUAAGUAGAGACACCUAUAGGUAACUUUCUGUAACUUAAUCUGAACCACCCUACCUCUGCCUUAUGGCAUCCAAUCUUUAAGAAACAAUCCAUUCAGUCAGCACAUUAUAAACAUUUCUUUCUCGCCAACAGAGGCUGAGUGUGUUCCAGCUGUGACCAAUAGAUGUCAGCACUGUGAUUUAGAUGUCAGCUCUGUAAUUUGUGGAUGUCAGCUCAGUGACUUAGAGAUGUCAGCUCGGUGACUAAGAUGUCAGCUCUGUGAUUUGCAGAUGUCAGCGCUCUCAGGUGUCAGUUCUGUGAUUUGUAGGUGUCAGCACAGUUACAGAGAGAGUCAUAAGCGAAAUUGUACAAGAAAUUCCCCAUUUCUUUCUUCAUGUAUUGAUAUCGGUUCUCGACUUCUGUAAAACGCUUUGUAUUUCAAAUACCAAGUUGACUUUAACGCAAAACAUAUUAUGGAUACUGAUAUUCGGUUUUAUCAAAAGUAUAUCAGGCUCGCUUAUAUUCAUGUAAUGACCUGUUCGUAACAUUGUCAGAUAUUUUAGAAAACCAAUGACUGUGAUAUAAUUGUAUAUUUCAUUUGUAAGAUAGUUUAUUACCCUUAUUUUGAUCUCCACCCAACCUUUUGUGGUGUAAGAUAAUUGUUAAAUACUUGACCUACUGUCCUGUACACUUCAACUGUUCAUUGUCUUAUCUUUUUCACGAUAAGACACAACUUUUUUCAAGAUGUAUAAAAACCCAAUUCUAAUUUAUUAGUUUCUUAUUUAUAAACCAUUAGUGCCAAAUAAAGCUUUUCACAGUUA